AUGUACACUUCAAGCCUUCUUACCCUGGGGCUCGCAACCCUCGCUUCUGCUGCUCCUACCUGGCACUCGCUGUUCAGCCGCCAAACGACCUGCGUCAGUGGCAACGCCGUAUACAUCAUAUCAGCCCGCGGCUCUACCCAAGCCGCCGGCGAAGGAUCCCUCUCAACAGUCUCCACCUUGAUCAAGAACGCCCUCCCAGGCUCCGUCUCAGUCGGUCUCAGCUAUCCCGCCACACUAGACAACUACGAGUCCUCCGAAAACACCGGCGUCGUAAACCUCAAGAAGGCCGUCACCGCCUACGCCACAUCAUGCCCUUCCUCCAAGAUCGUUCUGCUCGGCUACUCCCAGGGCGGCCAGGUCGUCGGUGACGCCCUCGGCGGCGCGAGCUUCUCCACCGAGGCCGCCUUGUCGACCACGUACACCAAGAACAUUGUCGCUGCCGUGACCUUCGCUUCUCCAGCCCACGUCGCGGGCAAGUCUUACAACGCAGGAACGAGCACCAAAAGCGGUAUUUACAAGAGAGCUAACACUGCGACGUUGGAUACGUAUGCGAGCCGCCUCGACGACAUUUGUGACUCAAACGACUUGUUCUGCGACAGUGGAAGCAGCUUGACCCCGCACACUCAGGUUGUAAGCAAGUAUGCAUCGGCCGCGUCGAGCUACGUCGUUGCGAGGGCGAAAGCAUGA